AUGGAAGUGGGUAGCUCCAAUUCCUCGGGUCAGCUUUCCGGGCGGGUCGUUGACACGAGAGGCAAACACAGGAUUCAAGCCGAAGUCAAAAGGCUUGAGCAAGAAGCUCGAUUCCUAGAGGAAGAGCUAGAGCUGCUUGAGAAGAUGGAAAAUGCAUCAGCUUCCUGUAAAGAGUUCUUAGACAGUGUUGAAAGCAAACCAGAUCCUCUUCUUCCAGAAACAACAGGACCAGUGAAUGCAACAUGGGAUCAAUGGUUCGCAGGCCCUAAAGAAGCAAAACGAUGCGGCUGCUUCAUUCUUUGA